UGGUCUUUUUUGACCAGCAAGAUUGAGUUGGUUGAAUUGGUGAUUACUGGUUCCUGGUGGAGUGGUGAGUUUGAAGGGGAUGAGGGAGUUGUGAAAGAGAAUUUAGGAAAUAGAAAUUUUAAAAAUAUGAAAAAAUACAAAAUUACACCAAUUGCCAGAGGAAAUCCUAGAAAAGGUGGCAGAAUGGGUUCUAGUAAUUUUACUAAUGCCGAAUCCAUUAAAAAUAAUUUCUUGGCUCACACCAGUAUUCGCCAAGCUCAAAAGGUUAAUUGCCAAGCAUUGGCUGAUUUUGCUAAUAGCGUAGCGAAUAUAAAUAACGACAUUCAAGAAAUGACCUUAGCGGUUAAUGAACAAGAGUUUAAUAAUCGUAAACAGCAACUAGUUAGUUGGUUGAAUGGUUUUCAGCAGCAACUACAAACUCAAUUAAAUCAAUUACAAAAUAUCCAACCUAUCCACCAAAAAGAGAUAUUACAAUUAGAAGCAGAAAUUAAAGCAGCCGAGGCUAAAUAUAAUGAUGCAAUGGCUAAUGCUGCCAAAGAAACCGACCCCGCUAAAAAAGCCCAAUUCAUCGCUAUAGCCCAAGCCGCCGAAAGAGAAGUUAAACAAACCAAACAAAAAUUAAUUCGUAAUCCUUUAUCUAAACUGGCUGAAUAUAAUCAUUUACACAAUUUAGGAAACCUUAUAAAAGGUAAUUUGCCAAGUUCGCCAACUAAUCCUAUAAAUUGUCCGGAUCCAAGUAAUCCAGGCUCUGGUAAUCCAAGAGGAAGUUCGGGCGGAGGAAACGGUGGUAAAAGUGGAGGUUCAGGUCAAGCUCCCUGA